UCCUUCCUCUUGUUGGUGAGGCUGAUGAAGUUCCUGCUUUGGGGGAGACUCGCCAUGGCCGCGUCCCAGUCGUGGAGGCACAGCGCCGUUCUGGGCGAUCGGGUCAUCAGGAUGCCACAGGAGGACAAAUGUCUGCCGGGGAACAAGCAGAGACGCCGUUGGAAAGGACGACUAUGUUCCGGCCGACGGGGUGACAACAACACAACACAAAAGGCAGGUGUACCUAAUGAAGUGGCCGCCGAGGAGACGACCUCAAUCUUUGCGCACAUGUGAUCCCCGCUUAUGUGCACUUUCUCAAUAAGUCUUCUUGCGCGUGGGUCAAACACGAGUGAGUUCAUAAAGGCACGCUCCCGCAGCCGUCUGCUCACUAAAGGGAUUUUAGUGGAAGAGGAGGCAGCCUGACGAUGAAGACGUCUGCUGUGCUGAUGCUGCUGGUGGCCGUCACACACACGCUGGCCAAGCCCAAAAAUGGCGGCUUCACUCGUUACCCAUCCUGGAACACCAAGCUUUACCCAAUCUGGAAGGAUGGAGACCCCCGCUUCACAGACUCCUGGAAAGGCGGGAAAGUAACAUUCAACGUCGCGAACGACUCACCGACUCUGACCGGAGCCAAAGUGACUUUCACCAUCGACUUGGAGUUCCCCCACAACCAAAAAGUACAAGAUGAUGGAGAUGUGGUCUGGGCGGAAGACUGCGUCGUCAACGGGACAAAGCAUCUCAAGUCAGAGUCGGUCUUCCCAACUCACAAGAGCGACUGGGAGGCGGUCUUCCCUGAUGGCACGCCCUUCAAGAAGGACAAGAAGCCCAACUACGUGUUUGUGUGGAAGACCUGGGGUCAGUACUGGCAAGUGGCCGACGGUCCCUCGUCCUCCCUGACCAUCGACACGGACGCCGUCCCACUGGGCUCCUACACCAUGGACAUUGUCAUCUACCACUACAGGAGCAAGGAGAAGUUCAUCCCUCUGGGGUAUGCCUCCACUCAGUUCUCCAUCACUGAUCAAAUCCCAUUUGCCGUGACCCUGGACCAGGUCAACGACGUCCUGGCAGGAGACCUGAGCUUCGUGCUGAACAGAGCCAUCGCCUUCAGCGUCACGCUGCACGACCCCAGCCUGUACCUUAGCGACGCCGACAUCACCUUCAACUGGGACUUUGGGGACAGCAGCGGGGCGCUCAUCUCCAGGGAAACGACUGUCACUCACACGUACGUGAGCUCCGGCGCCUUCAAGCCCCACGUGGUGGUCCAGGCCGUCAUCCCAGACAAGGCUUGCAAGCCUUCGGUGGAUACCACCACCCAGGCCCCCGCACCGCCCAGACAUCAGGACACCUCGGUGGUUGCAACUGCUUUGAAGACCAACGCUCUUCCGUCGGACACCGAGGAGGACAACAGCGAGGACGAGACCUCCACGGCUCAGCCCGCCCAGGAAGGGCCCUCACAGUCCCCCUCAGAGACCCCCUCACCUAUCAACUACAAGGGGCCCGCCAACUCCGCCUCCAACUCGCUGAUGGAGGAGACGAGCAGCGACGUGGCGAUGGAAGCAUUAAAGCGUCCCGUGAUACGGGCGGGCCAAGCUGCCGUGGUCCUCGUCGCCAAAAGGGAAGCAAAGGACAAACCUACAGAGGACGACUGCGUGAUUUAUCGCUACGGCUCCUUUUCUGCUGACAUUAAAGUGGUUGAGGCCAUCCAGAAAGUGGAGAUCCUGCAGAUGGACAACAGCGCCACGGCGACACCGGGAAUGAACAACAACGCUAUUGAUCUCACUGUUACCUGCCAGGGAAGCUUCCCCAAGGAGGUGUGCAGCGUGAUCCUGGAUGCAGAGUGCCUGAGGCCCAUCCACACCACCUGCAACAUGGUGGAGCCUUCCAAAGUGUGCCAGAUGGUGCUGCACCACUUCUUCAACAGCUCGGGCGUCUACUGCAUCAACGUGUCCAUGGCCAACGACGUCAGUCUGGCUGUCGGCAGCGCCAAAGUCAGAGUGGACAUGGGCUCUGAGGUGUCCUCCUCCAGCAUCAUCGUCACCGUGCUGGCCGUCAUGGUCCUCCUUCUGUCUCUAGGAAUUGUGGCCUUUACUUACAGGCGCCUGAAGUCCUACCAGCGUCUGAAGGACGCCAGGGCGGUCGCAGACCCUCAGGAGGUCUGCCGCCACGCCGGCUCCGCUUCGUCGUCUUUGUGGACGCUCCUCAACAGGCAAGGAGUGCUGGACCAGCGCCCCCUGCUGCAGGACAGACUGGUGUGAACCACUUUGACCAGGCUUUUCAUUUUAUACUUGUUUUUUUUAAAGGAUCCUUUUUUUAAAACAUGAAACAUCACGUAGAUUUAAACAUUUGUAUGAAUUACGCCUGAUUUUUUUUCUACUGAAAUUUUUGUUAGUGAAAGCAUUCAAUCAGUGUUUUUUCCAUUAAACUUUGCUUGGAGCA